UAAAAAAUAAUAAAAAGAUUGUGAAAAAACUCGGCUUCACUUGUGUUUUUUUCUAAUUUUUCUGUCAUUACGCUGAUUAUUCGAUGCAUAUUUUGUAUGCAACAGUUAUUUACACCCAAUAAAGUGCCCUAUUAUGAACCAAACUAUCGAGAGGAAGGCUCUCGGUGCACCUAUAAACUAAAAUCAAUAACAAUCAUUGACCAACAAAGUUACCAAGAUGAACUAUGAGGCCGAAAGAGCCAUGAACCAGAAGCGGUUGCGAAUGGACGGGGAGCCGGGCCACGGAGUCGUGCAGGGGAACGGCCUGCCUCUAAACUACAUGGACAAUGGGCACCAGAUACCCUACCAGCCGUACGCUGGGGCGUACAACACGCAUUACCCUCCGCCGGAUGCAUUUGCGGCGUACGGCCCACCCCCGCCGGGGGGCUAUGCACCUCAGAACCUGUCAUACGCCCCACCGGCUCACCAGAACUACCCGCAUCAUCAGAGUUUCCCUCCGCAGCAGCCACCGCAAGCCCAGCUACACAUGCAGUCACACAUGGUGCAAGGCUACGGGGACGUUGGCAUGCACAAGCCGGCGUGGCCUCCGCAGCCGCACCUCCUGCCUCCGCUGGACCCGCAGAAGGCACUCGACAUCAAACAACUGAAGCCAGAGAUCAAGCUCGAGCCCACGGACCCACAGAAACGGCCGCAUCCCGAGAAUGAAAUGAUGGGUGGGGAUUUGGAUCAGCCCAAGAUAAAGAUUAAGACAGAUAUCUUCAAGCCAGAUGAGCUUGCACACCGACCCGAAGUGGAGAAGCCACAUGAGUUAUCAAUGAAGCCCGCAGAAGCCGUGGCUAAGCCUGUGCCACAAGAAGAGAUCCAACCGGUAACAAGUUCUGAUGGCAAUGUGGCAGAUAAACCUCCUGAAGUGUGCAAGGUGGAGAGCAAGAGCGAGAUCGCGGCCGCCGACACCUCCACCGACCCGUCGGCUAAACCCGUCGAGAAGAAAGAGGGCGACGUGAAGAGCGAAGCGUUCGGCAGCCCGGACCGGCCCAAGGCCAGCACCACCCCGGGCAAGGCGCUGUCGCCCGGCGCCGAGCCGAAGAAGCGCGGCCGUCCCAAAGGCUCGACGAACAAGCCCAAGCCGCCCGGCGCCAGUCCUCAUAAAGCGACGCUGGCCGCGCCCACCGCCGGCGCCCAGAUCCGGGGGCCCGCCGCCGCCCUGCCCAGGCCGGCGCCUAUUGGGCGGCCGCGCGGCACGGGCUACCAGUACGCGAUACGACCGUUCAGGAAAGACUUCUCCGGAAUACAGUUCAGAAGGCGAUGGAGCGACGACUGCCUCGAUUCCUCCCACAUACCCAACGAGGUCUACUUCGGUGAUGUACCAGUCUCUAUGGAGGUGCUGUUCAACUACUACGACGCCAACGCGGAGAGAGAGCGGCUGGCGGCCCAGGCGGCGCAUAUUGCCGCUCAGAAGGCAGCCGCCGCCAAGUUACAGGCGGCUAAGUUGCAGGCGAGGGGGUUAUUGUCUACUAGCGAGGUGACGACGGUGGACUCCUCAUCAUCAGACGACUCCUCGGGGUCUUCUGGCAGUGACAGCGAGGACAGUGAUGAUGACGCGCCCCUAAAGAAGGGCCCCGGGCGGCCGCGCGGCUCGACGACCCCUAAGGCGGCGACCCCGGGCGGGGGCCGCCGGGGCCGCCCCCCCGUGCCCCCCGAGCUCAGGGAGCCGGGGAUCACCGACAUGAAGAAGUUUUGUAAAGCCGCCGGGAUCCGGUUGGACUACAAGAAACUUGUUGAAGGCUGCACAAAGAACAAAGAGCGAGUGCAACGCAUGCUAGACCUACUUAUAGCCGCCGGGCUACAAGGCAAGCCCACGCUGGAGAAAUGCCAGGCGCUGAAGCAGAACAAGCAGCAGAGGAAGAAGCGAGCCGAGCGCGCGCCCAGCGACGCCGCCGAGCCGGAUGGCGAGCAAGGCCCGGCCCCGCGCCGCAUGACGCGCGGCCAGACCGGCGUGAAGCCGCGGCAGAAGAUCGUCAUAUCGUCUGAUGAAGAGGACGACACGCCGUCGGCGCGCCGCACGCUGUCCAAGCUGAGGUCUUGUGUGGAGGACGAGAGUGACUCCAACUAGGUAAUCCUACACUUCUCGGCCUGGUGAGAGUAUGUUAAAACUGGACAAUAUAUCUGUGUCUUCACCGCACUUUUAUAAACGAAUACUCGUUAACGCCAAGCAGUGAGAGGACUAUAACUUUAAAAGUGGCCAUCUUGAAUCCCAAAACAGACUUUUGAAUGAACCUUUCGGAUCGUAAAGAAGAAAAAUUCCUACUAAUUUUUAAAAUUUAUUAUGUAUUAAAUUGUAUAAAUUCGACAUAACGAUUUAGGUUUGUGUUAGGUAGUCAAAGUCUUAUAUUGGACUCUAUUCCACUAGUGCUAAGGGAUGAAGUGAUGUAGUGUUGCCAGUAAAAAAAGUUUAGUUGUGAGUGUUGCCAGAAAUAUGAGUAAAGAAUAUCUUGGUUGUCUGUUCUAAAGUCAGUAUUGCCAUUAAAAUAGGACAGUUUUUACUGGCAACAUUACUGGGAAAGUAUUAGUGCCCCGGUGGUACAUUAGCAUUGCAUAGAAUGUUUGAGAAUAUAGGUACUGGUUGAUUCGAGUGAUGUAUAUCCUAAAGCAUGCUGCUUUUAAAUAUAAGUUAAAAAAUAUAUAAACGCAAUAUGAAUUAAACACUGCGUGAAAGCGACAACUUUGGGUCGCUCUAGUCUUUUCGGUCAGUUUAUUUGCAAUACGGUUGCCCUAAGUGCAGAAUUUGAUUUGAAACAAAACAAAGAACACUAAAUCACUUUUAUGAGCUCAACAGAGAAAGAGAAUGAAACUUUAAGAGCUAAAGCAUGCAGAUAAUAAAACUAUUAUGCAUUAAAUGAACAAUUAUUAUCUUCACAUUCAAAGUUAAACCAGUGUUUACAGCGCCACCUAGGGGCAAAUGUCUUCCCACAAAUGAUUCGUAUAGAUUAGUUUAGGCUGCCACUAACGACAUCUAGCGACCAGACAUAUUUCCCUUGCUUUCUAUCAUUUGAUUGCUCAUCAAAUGCGUAAUAUUUUCGUAUCUUUGGAAAAAGUCACUUGAAUCAACCGUAGUUUGGUAGGAAAUAAUCCCUCGCCUACUUAGAGUUAGAUUCGCUAGUACAGCCCUUGCGAUCCAAUGAUUUUUACAGGACAGUACCACGCUGUUACCAAUAGAGUGCGCCAAUUACGAAAUAUGAUAUUUUCAGUUUUAACUUAAUUUUGGACUAUGAAAACUGCGCAUCGGUAUUGAUAUUAUUGCGUUAAGAACACGCUUAAAAUCCUACGUAUCGUUUGUAAAUGCAGCAGUGGUUUACGAAAUUAGCAUCCUUGAGUAACGGUUCAACUGUACUUUACAUGCGUUGGCCUAACCUUUCUCCACACAGGCUAAGGGUACUUACAUAGAGAGACUGUUUCCCUAUAUGUACCCGUACCGGUAAUCUGCUGUUUAUCUUUCUGCGAGUGCGCUAGAGCAUUUCCCGAUUUUAAAUCUCUCAGUGAGCGAUACCUAAUCAAGUUACCGGUACGGGUAGAUACAGGGAACCCGAUUCUUUAUGUAAGGAACCUAAGAAGAUAAAUGCGGCCAUUUGUAAUAUUCAGUAUCUCCUUGGAUUGCAAGGGCUACGGCACUUGUUCAUAAUGCGUGCCUCAACUAAAUGUGUAUGUAAAUUUGCAUAGCCUGUGUGCUAUUAUAAUAUAUAUUAUGUUGUUUAUAUUUACAUUUGAUUCGGUGUGUAUUGUGCGGUAUUCUGUUGAUGUCAUUUCGUUAUGAGUUUACAAACAAUUGUGAGUUCCCUUGCAAGUCAUCUCGAAAAAGAAUAUUGAUGAUUGAUAUAUAACGAAUAUUUCAAAUAUUAUUCUGUUGGAAUAAUUGAAUAUUCUAUAUAAUAACGACGCAAACAUAUGGCUGAACACAAUGACAAAUAAAUAAUAAUCAAAGAAUAAUACCUAUUGGAUAUCUAUAACUUAUAAAACAACCAUGCAAUUUAUAAAUAGAAGUAACAAUAACAAAAUUACAUGCACAGUAAUGAAAGAUGGACAUCAUUCAUUGACUAUGUCGUUUAAAUGUCACCCGGCCACUGACCAAUAACAAAAAAAUCUUAAUGCACAAACUCUGAAAGUCACAGAUCUACAUAUGAGGGUAGUCAAACUAAAUGUGAGAAUAUUUCUUGCCGUUGAGAUGCCGAAAGGUAAACGCAUUUACUAUGGCGCUUGGGUGAUAGCAGUUUCUACCACUAGAUGGCGAUACUAUUGCUCGAGUUUGCUUCUUUUGAUCGACAAGGAACGCAAGAAAUUGAGGUUUUGACUUUGAACCUGCUGGGAUGAGAAUCGAAGCCUUCCGACAGAUGGCAGUGAAACAAAAUACUUGAAAUGUAUUGAAACAGUUUCAAGUCCUACAUCGCGGUAUCAUAGAUUCACAGCUAGCUGCCAUAACUAGAAAUUCUCAAUGCUAAGUUUGUUGUCAUAUGAAAUGAAAUCGUUUAUUUCUUCGACGUAGAAUAUUAGAAUUACUUGUCAAAAGUCAUAAUCUAUAUAAUUUUAUCAGCAUGGCAAUUAAACAUUUAUUAUUAUAACUAUGAAAAA